AUCCCACCUCUUGUCGUCAUCACUCGCUUUCUAUAAGAUGUGACUUUUUUUCAGCCAAUUAUUUAUUUCACUCAUCAAGUUUAUCUACAACUCCUCCUCCUCUGGUUCCUCUCUGCAUGCACUCUCCUUCAUAGUCUUGGAACCCAAGACUUUCUGAGACGAACACAAGCAAAUAACCACAAAUAUGGAGAUAACCAAUGUCAGCGAGUAUGAGGCCAUUGCCAAGCAAAAGUUGCCGAAGAUGGUGUUUGAUUAUUAUGCAUCAGGUGCUGAGGACCAAUGGACUCUGCAUGAGAACAGAUUUGCUUUCUCAAAAAUACUGUUUCGACCCCGUAUCCUUAUUGAUGUAAGCAAGAUAGACAUGACCACCACUGUCUUGGGCUUCAAGAUAUCAAUGCCCAUUAUGAUUGCCCCAACAGCCAUGCAGAAAAUGGCUCAUCCUGAAGGAGAGUAUGCAACAGCAAGAGCCGCAUCAGCAGCUGGAACAAUUAUGACAUUAUCAUCGUGGGCCACUUCUAGUGUUGAAGAGGUUGCUUCAACAGGACCUGGAAUUCGCUUUUUCCAGCUUUAUGUGUACAAGGACAGGAAGGUAGUUGCUCAGCUUGUGAGAAGAGCUGAGAGGGCUGGCUUCAAGGCUAUAGCCCUUACAGUUGAUACCCCAAGGCUGGGUCGUAGGGAAGCUGACAUCAAGAACAGAUUUACUCUGCCACCGUUCUUGACAUUGAAGAACUUUGAGGGAUUGGACCUUGGCAAGAUGGAUGAAAGCAGUGACUCUGGACUCGCUUCAUAUGUUGCUGGUCAAAUUGAUCGUUCUCUGAGCUGGAAGGAUGUGAAGUGGCUUCAGACAAUCACCAAAUUGCCUAUCCUGGUGAAAGGAGUACUCACGGCUGAGGACACAAGGAUAGCUAUACAAGCUGGAGCAGCUGGUAUUAUCGUAUCCAAUCAUGGUGCUCGGCAACUGGAUUAUGUUCCUGCCACUAUCAUGGCUCUAGAAGAGGUUGUGAAAGCUGCACAAGGUCGUGUGCCUGUCUUCUUGGAUGGAGGGGUGAGGCGUGGAACUGAUGUCUUCAAAGCAUUGGCCAUUGGAGCCUCUGGCAUAUUUAUUGGACGACCUGUGGUGUUCUCACUGGCUGCUGAAGGAGAAGCUGGAGUCAGAAAAGUUCUCCAGAUGCUGCGCGAUGAGUUUGAGCUAACUAUGGCAUUAAGUGGUUGCACUUCACUCAAAGAAAUAACCCGCGACCACAUUAUGACAGAGUGGGACCUUCCUCGCCAUCGCCCAAUACCCAGGUUGUAAAAGAAUGCGGUUAAAAUGGGAACAACUGCAUUUGUUAUGGCAGAGUAAUGCUAAAAUGGUUACUAUGUGUGUUCAAGAGCCUGCAUUUCCUUUGAAGUAUCUCAGUUCUGUUUCAUUGAGUCUACAUAUAUUCUAAAAACGUUAACCUUCUAAAAUGGUGAUGGAUGGAUAUAUUUUUCAUAAAUGGCCACUGCCGCCUUCUUCAAUGUAUAUUCUUUUUAUAAACAUGUUAUCAUUUAUUUA